AUGCCUUUGACGCCGCAGUACGAGUGGGCCCAGACCGCGACGCACGUCUCGCUCACCGUGCCGCUCAAGGGCGCCAGCCGCAAGGACGUCGACUUUUACGUGGCGGACGCGGUGCUCAAGAUCAACUUCAAGCCCUACGUGCUACUGCUGGACGUUGUCGCGCCUAUCGAGCCGACAAGCGCGGUCGUCAAGAUCCUCGACGGCGUCAUUCACAUGACCGUCGCCAAGAGCACGCCAGAGAUGUGGAAGGAGCUCGUGUUCGUUGGCUCGAAAGCCGACAUUCUAGCGCGCCGCAAGGCGUCCAUGGACCGCAAGACCGAGAUGGAGCAGCAGUUGGCCGAGAAGCGAAAGGACGCCAAGUACGCGACGGAGAAGAAAACACUUCGGGAUCAAAUGGCGCUGGAAGAACACGAGCGGCAGCGUCUCGACGACCUUAAGGCCGAUGAAAAGCAGCGCGAAGAGUCUGCCAUGUACCGCACCUUCCAGGAGCUCAAAACACCGUCGGCGCCCAAGCGAACGAUCGCAAAGCCACCGAUGGAGCCGAUCCUCGAAGCGUCCACGGACGGGACCUUUGAUAUUACCAACAACAACGAUGACAUCGAGUGGAGCGAUACCGAGUCAGAGACCGACGUGGCGCCCAUGACAGCUCCGUCGCUGCCCAUGGACGAUGACGCCAUCAACAACAACAACGUCCACGAGGAUGAGGACGACGAGACCGACGUGGUGUACAUUCCGGCGCCGCGGGAGACGCUGCAGUCCAAGAUCAGCUUUACACCGCGCGUCUUUCCAACGCCGAGCCGCGAGUCAACGGCCGCGGACGAGGAAGACUGGCUCGUCAAGAACCGCAAGCAUCUCAAGUCGCACAAGGGCCUCCACGCGAACUGCGCCCAAGACAUCAGCGAGACCGAUCCCGUGUGGCUCAAGGCCAAAGCCGACGACUUUUACCACCACCGCGACUUUCAAAGCGCACGCAACGCCUACGCGGAGGCGCUUGCUGUUGACGCGACCUUGACCGCGUGCCUCUCGAACCGCGCCGCCUGCCACCUGCACUUGGGCGCGUACCAGCUCUGCGCUGACGACUGCAGCGCUGCGCUCGCCCAGCUGCCCGACAAUGGCGCCACCUCGUCCGAUCCUUGCGGCACCCAUCGACUCAAAGUCCGAGUGCUCGUGCGCCGAGGCACUGCCUACGCGCAGCUGGGCUACUACAGCCAAGCCAAGGCCGACUAUGGCGUUGCGCUGAGCAUGCACCCCGAGAACGAAGCGCUGCAGAUCGACUUUGCGCGGAUUUCGCGCCUGGACGAGUGCUACAAGGUCAAGCAGCGCGGGGACAUGGCCUUCACCGCGCAAGACUUGGCCAGCGCACGGGACUUAUACACGGCCGCGCUCGUCAUCGACCCGACGUUUGUCGCAUGCCUCUCGAACCGAGCGGCGUGCCACCUCGCGCUGCUUGACGCAGCGAGCUGCGUGCUCGACUGCACCUCGGCGCUGGCGCUCCUACAACAAGUCGUGACGCCUGAUGUGCGCGGGUCGCCCAUCGCGCUUUCUGCGAUUCCGCCGCCGGGCUCGAUCAAGCGACGCGAGUGGGUUCUCAAGACGCUCGUUCGCCGGGGCACAGCGCACGCGGCGCUGCAAGCCUACGACAAAGCGGAAGCGGACUUUGCCGACGCCCUCGCUCUCGAUGCCGGCAAUGAAAAGCUCCAGAAAGACCUUGCCCGCGUCCGCGCGCUGGCCGACGCGAGUAUGGAAUAA